UGUCCCAGAUGCCCAAGCUCCUGUCCCAGAUGCCCAGGCUCCUGUUCUAGAUGCCCAAGCUCCUGUCUCAGAUGCCCAAGCUCCUGUCGUAGAUACCCCAGUACCUGCUCCAGAUGUCAUAAAAAGUGCCUCAAAUCAAAGUAGCAAUGGUGGACUUGGCAAUACCGUUGCUAAGCACUACAAUCAGCUGGAGGAGACUGGUUUAGAGGCUCGUGUCCAGAGCAGAAUAUUCUACAUGAGAAAUCUGAACAAUUGGAUCAAAAGUGUUGUUAUUGCUGAAUUCAUACAAGAGAUUCGGAAACGGAACGGUAGUGCUUACGAAAUCAAUGCAUUGGAUUUAGGCUCUGGUAAAGGAGGUGACUUGCUCAAAUGGAAGAAGGGGAAUAUCUCACAUUUGAUAUGUGCUGAUAUUGCAGGCACAUCAGUUGAGCAGUGUGAAACUCGUUACAAAGAAAUGGUUGAGAGGAACUCCAGAGAUAGGUACCAACAAACCAUGUUCACAUCUGAAUUCAUCACCGCAGACUGUACCAAGGAUCGGUUAAAAGACCGCUUCAGCGACCCCAACUCUGCCAUUGAUCUCACUAGCUGCCAGUUCGCAUAUCACUACUCAUUUGAAAGUUAUGAACAGGCUGAUAGGAUGUUACAGAAUGCAUGUGAGGCUCUGAAACCUGGUGGUUACUUCAUUGGGACCACGCCUAAUGCCUUUGAAUUAAUCAAAAGAUGGCGGGCCGCGGAAGGAAACAAUUUCGGUAAUGAAAUCUACCAGGUCACAUUCGAUAGCGACAACAAAGAAGACAUUCCUUUAUUUGGUGCCAAGUACAUGUUCCACUUAGAAGGGGUAGUCGACUGUCCAGAGUUUUUGGUGCACUUCCCAACUUUUGUCAAGUUAGCAAAGAAGCAUGGUAUGAAUCUACUCUACAAGAAAACGUUUGCAGAAUAUGUCGCCGAAAAUUCCAAGAAAUCUGACAGUCGCUCUCUACUUGGGAAAAUGCAAGCCUUGGAGCCGUAUCCUGCAGAUGACGACAGUGCUCUGUUGUGUAAAAAAUAUGAUGGGUACAAUGCAGCGAAAGAGGCUCAUGCCAAGUUAUACGAAGAGGCAAGGGAGAGGGGUGACCAUGAUGGCAAACUCAGGCGUCUCAAGGUGGGCACCUUAUCCCAGGACGAUUGGGAUGCCUCCACCUUGUACAUCGUGUUUGCCUUUCAAAAAGAUGGCGGGCAGUUGCAGGAAUCGACAGAGCACACAACAACUCCAAGCAGGAAGCGCACUCGUUGGGAAUCUGAGCAAACUACUCAAGAUACGGAGCAGACGGCAAGCCCGAGUAGAAAGCGCCCUCAUGAGGAAGCUGAGGUUACCGCGCAAGAAACUGUGGAUCAAGAAAUGGCAGAAGAUACCGUAGCCCAGGGAGAAUCAGUUGUUGUGACUGAAAGGGCAGAAGAUACUGCAGACCAAGCUUAUGUUGUGGCUGAAAUGACAGAAGAUACUGCAGACCAAGCUGACGUUGUGGCUAAAAUGGCAGAAGAUACUGCCGACCAAGCUGACGUUGUGGCUGAAAAGAGCAGUGAAGUUGAGUAAACGGCCACCGUCAUCCAUUUGAUACUGUAUUGUCAUUUCAAUCACUACAGAUUACAUAGACAAAGCGAAAUAUCUACUAGGACAUGCUACUUAUCAAUAGAAGGGUGUCAAUAAAAUGUGUGUAUGGAUUUCCAUGUCUUGUGGACUGGCUUGAAUGAUAUGGAUGGCAAGGCAUCCAGGUUCAUGUGGUGGGUUAGCCAUCAGGCUGUCGGUGUGUUUGGAUUUCAGAUCCCAAUGAGGUCUGAGGUAGCAACUUGCAUACAUGUAUCCUCAGCUGCAGCUAGUAUUCAAAAUUAAAUGUAAAUUCAGAAUGUUAGAAGAGCUUUCUAGUAAUGAACUAUUUUUGACAAAGUUCAAUACUGUGCUGGUAUAGUGUUGUAAUACCAAAUGCAUUUAGACUCAAUAAAGUAAAGUGUAAAAAAUCAAAAA